CUGCGCUCAUGCCACAGCUCAAACCUGUGGCUUGAAUAAGCUUCUAGCUGAACCUCCCCGACAGCUGCUGCAGUACAGCAAACUGCAGUGUCAGAGAUAAAAAGCUGCUGUGUUCCUUAAGUGUAUUUUGGAUGGAAUUUUGGUUUUCUUCAUUUCCACCUAUAGAAACAGAUGAAUUUUUUUAGUGCUAAGACUCCAUCUGCCACCAGAUGUCUUUCUGCCUAACUGAGAUGUUUCUGUGGUCUUUGAAGACUAACUUACAUAUUAGAGAUGAAGAUAUUGGGAUUCACCAGUACUAUGACAAGAAAGAAGCAGCAUCACAGAUGAAGCAUGGUUACUUAGAAGAGAAGCAAAGGCAAGCGGAAUCUAGAGAUUAUCCCUGGAUACUGAAAAACAAGCGGCCAGAUAAACUGCGGGAUACACUCAAGGAGGUAGAGGACUUAAUGCAAAACAGUCAAUGUGUGCUGAGCAAAUGGAAGAACAAACAUAUCUGUCAGCUCCUCUUUCACUCAGGUAUAUUGGUGUCCCUAAGCCUUUCUGGGCCACAGCUGGAGAAAGUGGUGAUUGACAGGACCCUGGUGGGGAAGCUCAUCUCCGACACCAUCAGUGAUGCGGUUCUUACAGACAGUUUCAUCAUCUUGUCAUUCGAGGACCAUAACCAACUCUGUUUUAUUCAGUUUACAAAGAAAAUGGAUUCUCCUGAUGUAAACAAAAGACUGGAAAAACUCUCUUGUUUGGACUUCAAGAUUUCUUAUAUUGAUAUACUUGGACCAGAAGGUAGAAGGAUGAAACGUCACCUAGCAAUAAACUGUAUGCAAGAUACCGUCAUUUGCUGGUGGUCAGCAACUAAUGAAGGAGCAUGGCCUUGGUCUCCUAUUUCCUGUGAGAGGGACAGAGCCAACCUAUUGCUAUUAGGCUGUGCCCAUGGCAAACUGGAGGUUCUGAGUUAUGUGCGUACAGAAUGGGAUCCGCUCGAUGCAAGCUUCAGCACUAAUCAGCCUUAUCAAGUUUACACAGUGGAGCACUCCGUCUCCGUAGACAAAGAGCCCAUGGCUGACAGUUGCAUCUACAAGUGUGUUAGGAGCAAAAUGCAGUGUGUGACAGUUACCAGAAUACCACUCCGAUCCAAGGCCAUCAGCUGUUGCAGAGAUGUUACAGAAGACAAACUAGUCCUGGGUUGUGAAGAUUCAUCAGUAAUUCUGUAUGAAGCCUACAACCAAGUGACUCUGUUAGCCCAAGCAGAACUGCUGCCUGCUUUAAUAACCUACCACCCUUCCGGAGCCAUAUUUAUGGUUGGCAGCUCUCAAGGGGAGCUCCAACUUUUUGACACGGCACUGUCCCCAAUUAAAAUUCAGCUCUUGGCACAAGACUAUUCACCUGAGGCAACUCUGCAAUUCAGUAAACACUUUGACGUACCUAGCAGCCUCAUCCAGAUCCAGUGGGCUGCUCCUCAAGUUGCCCCUGCCAGCACUGACAGCACAAAUAUUCACGAUCUUUUGUUAGUUAGAUUUGACAAAGGACCCUUAGGAGUACUUCACUUUAAACUCGGUGUGUUCACAAGAGGGCAGCUGGGCCUUGUGGAAAUUAUCCACCAGUAUAUUCGUUACGAUGAGAUACAUGAGGCAAUUAAUGUCCUGAACACCAUGAACUGGAACACGAUGGGUCGUCAGUGCUACAUGUGCUUGAGUGCCAUUGUUAAUCACCUUCUUAAACAAAAGCUUACACCAGCCAGAGAAGCACAGCUUGAGGCAAGCCUUGGAACCUUUUAUGCUCCAACAAGACCCCUCUUGGAUACAACCGUGCUGGAGUACAGAGACCCAAUCAGCAGAUACGCAAGAAGGUUCUUCCACCACCUGCUCAGGUAUCAGAGAUUUGAAAAAGCUUUUCUGCUGGCUGUUGACAUAGGUGCUCGGGACCUGUUUAUGGACAUCCAUUACCUUGCACUAGAUAAGGGUGAAUUGGCACUAGCUGAAGUAGCAAAGAAAAAGGCUAAUGAAAUUGAUGCAGAAUCAAUAACUACUAGAACUGAAUUCAUGGGGCAGUCAGAUGAAGAAAACCCAUCUCGGGAAGCUUUCAUUGACCGAUCUUCAGAGCACGGAGGAGAGCACAAUCUACCUGCUUCCUGUCUGGCCAUCAGACCACCAGCACAGAGCUGCUCCCACAGAGCUUGCAAUGACUCACACAUCUCUGGCAGUCCCACAUUUGCCUUCAUCAGGCAUCUUGGGAGAGAGAUUGACCAGUGCUCCUACUCCCAGGUGUCCUGGUUUGACCGUGUUCACCUGCGCCUGCCCAGACCCACCAGCCACAGACAGGCAGAGGACCCUGAGUGUAAGCCUGGAGCGGACAGCCGAGCCAGCUCCCUGGUGAGGAAACCCUUUUCCAGCAGCCAGGAAGGAAAUUUGAGAGCAGUUCCUUCAGAGCAGGAGACUGGAGACAGCGGAUCUCUCGAAGUUGUGCACUUUGGGCUGGUGUGACUGAGCUGCCAAAGCAAAGAAGGGGAAACUUCUUCACCAAGGUGGUAAAGUUCACAGGAAAUCCUUCAGUGAACUUCCAGGCAGCCCCGGAGCCAACCAGUAGCAGAAGAUGAAAAACCAGGCUUAGAAAAUAGUCUGCCCUUAGACCUCUGAACUAUUUCUGAGUUAGCACAGACGUGUCCAUGCACAAACUGCUCCAUGUGUGCUUAUGGAGAGCAGUUUGGUGACAUUUUCAUCGUGUCAUUCAAAGACAUCAAAAGAGCGAGUAAUUGCAGCUCCCCGUUUACCAUACAAAUGCAACACUGAAGAAUUUGGGGGGUGGUUCUUGGAUGAAUCUGUAAACUUCUCAGGAGAAAGUCUGUAAUUCUCUAUGCAUUAUAUAUUUUAACAAUCUUCCCUUGGAAGCAGAUUUGAAUUUCCACUUAAGGCUCUGAAAACCGUCCUGUUGAGAUACCAGCAGAUAACAUCUUCACUCAGGAUACCUCUGUGAAAGAGCAGCCUUUCACAGUCGGCAGCAUUUUUCAAAGAAUGCUCUCAAUUUUCAUAUCUAGAUAUAUCAUCUUAGUUGAAUAACCAUUAUUUUGCCUUGAAAAAAAGAUGCAGAGCCUCUUAAACAUCAUUCCAUUGGAGUCCAGAUUUUAAUCUGCCUCCUCUAACCACGACGAGAAAAUGCACUGAGAAGGUAACGUAACCUGUUUCAGCCCUCUAGUUUUUUCUGUCAGUGAAGAGAAGGGCGAGCAUCGCUGCAGGUCUUUCUUCCCACCGUUUGAUUGGGUGCAGCUUGCACUGAUGCAGAGUUUUGAGUUCUUCCAUAGGCAUGCAUGUGGGUUAAGCUGGAGUUUUUGGAUGGCUGCAACCCAAAGCUGGCGAGCUUCUUGAAAUCAGUUUUGUAUGAUGAACAAAUCUGUGUGAUGAAUGGA